AUGUUAAGAAGCAUAAUAGCACCUUCCAGGAUCGGAAUACUCAGGACGUGCAACAGUAGUUUGGUCUCCAACACUGCCAGGCCCGUAAGCGCAACCACAAUCAGCAUCGCCAGACGGCUCUACCAUCCAAAAGUUAUUGAUCAUUACACAAACCCCAGAAACGUCGGGUCUCUCGAUAAGACACUCAACAACGUCGGUACGGGUCUCGUUGGGGCCCCCGCGUGCGGUGACGUGAUGAAACUACAAAUCCAGGUCAACGACGACACCGGUGUGAUCGAAAACGUCAAGUUCAAGACGUUCGGGUGCGGGUCGGCCAUCGCGUCCAGCUCGUACAUGACGGAGCUCGUGCGUGGUAAAACGCUGGACGAUGCUGCCAAGAUCAAAAACACAGAGAUUGCCAGAGAGCUCAGUCUACCCCCAGUCAAGCUGCAUUGCAGCAUGCUCGCGGAGGACGCCAUCAAGGCCGCCAUCAAGGACUACAGAGCCAAGAGGAAGACCACCGUGUUGAGGUGA